AGGAGGGAGGAGGAGGAGGAGGAGGGCCACGGCCCCGGAGACCCGGUUCUUCUCGAGGCUGAACCUGUCUUUCGAUGACCAUGGGGGAGUGGACCAUUCUGGAGCGGCUGCUCGAGGCUGCUGUCCAGCAACACUCUACCAUGAUUGGGAGGAUCCUGCUGACAGUAGUAGUGAUCUUCCGUAUUUUGAUAGUGGGUAUAGUGGGGGAGAAAGUGUAUGAGGACGAGCAGAUUAUGUUCAUCUGCAACACCAUGCAGCCCGGCUGCAACCAGGCCUGCUACGACAAGGCCUUCCCCAUCUCGCACAUCCGCUACUGGGUCUUCCAGAUCAUCCUGGUGUGCACGCCCAGCCUGUGUUUCAUCACCUACUCCGUGCACCAGUCCGCCAAGCAGCGCGACCGCAGUUACUCCUUCCUGCACCCCUACAUGGACCACCACGGCCAGGGCCAACACGGACGCGGUGACCACCACGCCCGCAAGCUCCGCAACAUCAACGGCAUCCUGGUGCAGAACCCCGACAGCGGGAAGGAGGAGCAGGACUGCCUGGACAUCAAGGACAUCCCCAACGUGCCGCGCGGGCUCACGCACGCCAAGAGCGCCAAGGUCCGGCGGCAGGAGGGCAUCUCGCGCUUCUACGUCAUCCAGGUGGUGUUUCGCAACGCGCUGGAGAUCGGCUUCCUGGCGGGGCAGUACUUCCUGUACGGCUUCAACGUGCCGGGGAUGUACGAGUGCGACCGCUACCCCUGCGUGAAGGAGGUGGAGUGCUACGUGUCGCGGCCCACGGAGAAGACCGUGUUCCUGGUGUUCAUGUUCGCCGUCAGCGGCAUCUGCGUGCUGCUCAACCUGGCCGAGCUCAACCACCUGGGCUGGAGGAAGAUCAAGACGGCCAUCCGCGGCGUGCAGGCCCGCAGGAAGUCCAUCUGCGAGGUGCGCAAGAAGGACGUGUCGCACCUGUCUCAGGCCCCCAACCUGGGCAGGACCCAGUCCAGCGAGUCAGCCUAUGUCUGACAAAGGCUCCUCUGCGUGGGAACUGACGUUGGGGGGGGGGGGGGGGGGGGGGGGGAGGUCUCGACCUGGGACUCCCACCUCCACCCCAAGAGACUGGGUCGACCCUGCAAAAUUCUUCAGGAGCCCAGAGAGACAAUGGGUCAUGUUGGUGCAUUGCUGGACAGAGAAGCUCCUCUGACUGAAAAGUACCUUCCUUGAGGAGAAAGGGUUGAUGUGUUGUGUUUAUAGACUUCUUACGCCGAUGGGGGAGUUGUGUUCUGAAUCCUAGAUGACACUAGGUGCCUUCCAAGGCAACACAAUGGAAAAGGGAAGAUAUAAGUUACUAAGAAUAUUGAACACUGUAAGGAUAGCUCGAAUUAAGAAUGACCUAAAGUAUCUCAUCCUUUGCCUUGGCUAGAGGUCAAAAGUAAUCCCUUAAUUUUUCCCAUGUAUGCGUGGGCAUGUAUGAGUGCAUUAGCGUGUGCAUGCAUGCGCAUGUGUGUUUGGGGAGAUAAGGUAGCGCUUGCGCGUGUCCCCUGUUCUCCAAAGUCAGGUCAUGGGUAGAGCUACACCUCAUUUGAGUUGCCGAGGGACUUUCUUUGCCGUUUGUUUGUUCCUCCCCUGCAGGCAGUGCUUCCUUAGAGGGAGCCAAGAAGAAGUGCACCUUGUUUCAACCCCCUCUUAGAAAACCCCUGAAAAAAAUCAAAGAAAGACAAAAAAAGAUGAAGAUUAUACCUCAGCACAAACUGCAAACCCUAAUCCUAUCCUUCCAGCACUAGCCCCUCCCCUCCCUCCGUCAGCCCCCUGACUGACCUGCCUCUCUGCACUCUGCAUUCUUUAAUAGGACUGAGUAUAAAGCACUAAAGGAAUGGAUGGAAUUCCAAUAAGCUCUUCUUUUUCCAGUACACGGGAAACAGAAUUACCUGCUCACAACAUGUUCAUGUAUUACCGCCAGUUGUUUUCUUUAUAAUCAAAUUUGGUGCCAUAUUUCCAAGUUACUGUACAUAGUUGAAAUGUAAUAAUUACAUCAAGUCAGCUGUUUCCCCGUGAGACGUGGGUGAUGAG